CACUAAGGGAGGAGGUAGACGUGUGAGCUUGCUGCCUCCCUGUCUGUCUGGCCCUCUGACUGGUUGACCGACUCGCUAACUGGCUGACUUGUAUUUUCCAGGGAGAAGUGUAGUUAUGAGGCAAAAGGUAUUUCUACUCGUGGCUGUGGUGGUGGUGUGUGGGAAGGGGUGGGGGGUGAGUGCUUUGCCUGCAACCCCCCUCCCUCAUCCACCUCCUGUCUUCCCCGCCCACCUGAAUCCUGAAUCCUGUCCGCCUACUUACGAGGAACAUCCAUUGGUGUUAGUGUCCCUGGAUGGGUUCCGUGUGGAGUAUCUUCGCCGCGGCCUGACCCCAACGCUGAAGGCACUGCGCGGGAGAGGGGUCAGCGCGCCCUACAUGAAGCCGUCUUUCCCCUCCAUUACCUUCCCCAACCACUACACUAUCGUCACGGGGCUUUAUCCAGGCGCCCACGGUAUCGUCGCCAACAAGUUCUACGACCCGAGCUUCGACAAGGAGUUUCGCGUCGGACGAGAGGAAAGCUUCAAGAAGAGAUGGUGGGGAGGGGAGCCCAUCUGGAGGACACUGGCGAGACAGGGCAAGAAGGCUGCCUCGUUCUUCUGGCCCGGCUCGGAGGUGACGGAUCGGAACCCAAGCUACUGGUACUUCUAUAAUGAGUCUAUCCCCUUCACUCAUCGCGUCCAGAAGGUCCUUGCGUGGCUGGACCUUCCCCCCGAGACCAGACCGUCCUUCAUCACGCUGUAUCUUCACGAACCUGACCGAACGGGGCAUGACUUUGGUCCGAACUCUCCCCAGAUGAACGCGAAACUAGUGCAGAUAGACGGCGUGAUGGGGCAGUUAGUGGAGGGGCUGAAGAGUCGUAACCUGCUCCAAUGCGUCAAUCUCCUGGUGGUGGCUGAUCACGGGAUGGUGGACGCAGGGGAUGAGAAACUGAUUAACCUGGCCACUUACCUUCCCGGCCUACCUGAGCGGGCGAGGUUCUGGGAUGGGGCUUUUGUGAGGUUUACUCCACAUAAUGAGACGACAGAAGCCAAGGAAUCAAUGAUGCGAGCCUUAGCCUGCAAGAGGAAGGAACUGCGUGUGUACGAGAGAGAGCUACUGCCCGUAAGAUGGCAUAUGGGUGGACAGAAGCGUGUGGAGGAAGUUGUGGUGGAGGUGGACCCGGGCUAUUCUGUGGGUGGAGACGCGACCUUUGACCCUGACGAAGGGGAACACGGCUACGACGGCUUCUUUCCCUCCAUGAAUGCUCUCUUCCUUGGCUACGGACCAGACCUCGCCGCGGGGAAGGAGGUUGAGGCCUUCCAGAACAUCGAACUCUACAACCUAAUGUGUGACCUCCUCGGCGUGUCACCUGCCCCCAAUAAUGGUACCUGGGGGGCCCUGCAUCACCUCAUGGCUAGCCCCCCGCCGCCCCCGCCCCAAGAGGAAAGGGUCAUUCCACAAAUAUCCAGACUACCUCAAGGGUCAGAAUUAGACACCUCCACGUUAUCAGCCUCCCAGUGUGAAGGGGACGAGAGGGGCACAGAGGGAGGCUGGGUACAGAUGCUGAGGGAUGCUGAGGGAAGGAAAGAGGAGGUACUGAAAGUGCAUCUGCCGUGGGGCGCGCCGGAGAGGAAGGCUGGCGAUGCUGUACUGCUUGUGAACCCUGACUCUGUGAUUGCAUACUCACCCAGGGUCAAGCUUCCCCUGUGGACAAGCUUCAGCGUGCCCAGGAGGAGAGGAGCGCCGAGGGGAGAGAAGAGGAAGGAGGAGGAGGAGGAGAGAUGGAGGAGUGACCCGAGGCUUAGGGGUGGAGAGGCCCCCAGUUGCCCCGCCUACGGUAGUCUGAAGGGGAUGAAUGUGAGCAGGGAACCGCUUUUUCCUGAUGAGUUCAGCUGCAAGGGGCCGGCGUGCGAGUCCCUCCCGUACCUCAUCUCCAACGCCGUGCCGCUCACAAGGCAGGCGGCGAGGCGCUGGAGGGAGCUGCUGACGCUGGUGGCUCGCUGGAGGGUCCCGUACGGUCCCCUGAAUGUGGUGGCCGGGCCCGUGAUGGACUAUGAUGGUGACACUGUGGCGGAUGAGGAAAUGGGCCGUGGGGAGCACCUGGUGGCCGUCCCGACACACCUGUUCCUGGUGGUGACGCGGUGUGUUGCCCCGGUGAGCGGCCUGCACCUCUGCCCACACCACAAGCUGGACUCCCUCGCCUUCGUCUUUCCUCAGCUCAUCCCUGUCACGAACUGCCUGGACAGCGCCAGGUUCGCCCAGGAGUACAGCGCCAAGGUGAAGGACGUUGAGGCCAUCACCGGGCUCAGACUGUUCCCGGAGGUGCCUUACUACGACCAGGCCAAGUUGAGGAUCAGGAUGCACUCGAACAUUUGGGGCCACGAGAGCUGGGCGAACAGACUGCUUGACAACUUCCUGCAUCCCUGAAGACUAGGAGGAGGACAAGGAGAAACAGAAAGAGGAGGAGGAAGAGGAAAAACAGGACGAGGAGGAAGAAACCACGAAGGAGCUGCAGUACUGAAAGGAAAAGGAGAAAGAGAAGGUGGAGGAGGAGAAGUAACAGAAGGAGGAGGAAGAGGAGAAAGGAAAAGGAGGAAGGAGGUGCUGUACAAAAGGUGAAGGAGAAAGAGGAGGAGGAAAGGGAACUGGAGGAGGUAGAGGAGGAGAAGGAAGGGGAACAGAAGAAAAAGGAGGAGGAGGGAAAUGUUUGAGGGGUCAGAAAAGUAAGGGAAGAGAAAGAGUAAUAUUAGAAGGUUUGUGAGUUGUAAUGUUGUUGUAGAAUGUGUUGCUUGUUAUUUGUGGAUUGUAGAUAUGUGAAGUGUAGAAUGUAGUAGUAGUAGUAGUAGUAUUGUUUGUGAGUGAUAGGCUAUAGAUCUCCAGAGUUUGUGAUAGUGAGGGUAACAUAGAUUUACAUGUGUUGUAUUUGUGUUGCAGUGUGUUGAAUGGUUUGUGAAUGUUGACUUGUAUUAUGGUUGUAGAUUUUGUUGACAGUAAAUGGUAGACAGUAGUUGUACAGAGUUUGUGAAUUUGAAAGUACUGUGUGUUGUAAGUGUGUUGUGUUGUGUUGUGUUGUGUUGGAAGUGUUUGUGCAUGUGAAAAUGUUGCAUGUGGAGAAGUUGAAUCAAUCUAGAAAGUAUCACAAGGAGAAGUUUUGAAAUAUUACUUUUAUCAUCUUAUUGUUAUUGAAGAAUCUGAAUGUCCUGUUAACCUGAGUGUGUAAUGUGUAAAUAUUUUCAAGAGUUUUGUUAUUC